UGAGACUCAGAUACGCGAAUGAUUGUAAACAAACUUAUUUCAGAGAUUCGGCAGCAAUUUGUGUCCUACCAGAAAUGGAAUCCUUCAUCCGUGGAAGCUGCGAAACGAUGUGUCCAAAAGCUGAAAUUGACAUGCGCACUCGAGAGAGAAUGCUGCACUUUUAUGAACUGAAACCGGGUAGCCGAACGGAACCGGUGCAACGGUUGGUUGUGAAGGAAUUUGCACGCUCGGCUGCGGGUGUGAGACGUCCCAAGCAUUGGGAGAUUCGAACGGUGGGUGCCUUGAGACGAACAGUGGAGUACCUGUUGACUGAAGUUGUGCCUGACGAACGUCGACCGUACAACUUCCGGUACGAGUUCAUCUUCGAUCGCCUAAGAGCAGUUCGUCAAGAAGUGGUUAUGCAGAAUCUCGCAGCAAAAGACACCCUGGACAUUCUGGAACCGAUAGUAUGCUUCCUUGCUUACAGUGCCUACGUUUUAUGUGAAUCACACAUAAACGAAUUUGACCCGAAAAUUUGCAGCACCCACCUGCAGGAAUGUCUCAAAAAAGUUCUUCGCUGUUACGAUGACCUGGACGAGGAGUCCACUCCCUAUAACCAAAAUCGCAGAAUCAGGAUGGAGGCACUCUAUCUUGCUUUUAACUUGGGAAGCAGCGAGGCCUUGACUCGAGGAAUCAGUCUUCCCAAGAACAUUCGGAAGCGUCUUUCCUUGCAACUGUCAAUGAACAUCGAAUACCUACGCUACAACUUCCAUCGGGUGCUCCUAUUGAUCCAGAAGCUUCCACCCCUGGAAGCAGCUCUUGCCACCCUGAAAGUGCCAACAAUCCGCCAGCAGCUACUGCUCCGAUUCUCCACCGCAUUCCAAAGUAAGGUUCUAUCCGUUCCGCUCGAGUGGAUCGCUCACGUUCUCCUUUAUCAACGGCGUGAACAUUCGUCGCUGAUCGAAGACUGCCACCACUACAACCUCCAACUGGUUCAGGUUGAAGAAUCUCCAACACCGGAUCAAUCAACCGUGGCGCAGCACACUUCUGCUCCGGUAAUCACACCGAAAGAUGCUUGGUGGGACGACGACAGCGACGACGAGAAGGACAAGGAUCACAAUCCGUCAACUGCCAUCAGCAGCGUUCUAGCCGGGCGGUCAGUGAAAUUCGAGAAGACACGAUUCGAUUCCAGCAAAUCAGUGGUUCAACCGCGGCGGAUGGAACUUGUCGAUCGGAAAUUGGGUGCGGUGACGUCGAUUUCUGGCAUGCUGUUGGAAGGGAAGUGUUGAAUUUGUGGGAAGGAGGAUCAUUAAACAACACACAAUGUGAUACGUUAGGAUGCAGUGAUCUCAAUACAAACGUGCAGUUAUUUGUUGUGGUGUCGUCCGUGUAAAAACCAACAAGUUUGUAUCAAUGUUCUUGAGAAUUUGAAAAUAGAUCUUACAAAUUAUAACGAAAAAUAUUGAUUGACGUGUUGCAUACCGAGAAAGAAAUCAACCCAGAAUUGAAAAAAAAAACUCUUGUCCGCUAGAUUUAUAUUUGUCGACUCUUCAAAGGUGAAUUAAUAUAGACAUUAGAACGUCUAACGCUCAUGCGCUAUCGCCACUAUCAAGUAGAACAGUACGAAGAUUUCAGCAUUGGAGGGAACCAUCGCGUGACUCGUGUUUUCAAUGGUAACUUGUUAGGUCUUUUGUUUGUUGAAAUGUUCAACUGAAACGUAUCCAUGUCCGUCAACAAGGAUUGUGCCA